CAUUAUUGUGUGAGAUGUAAUAUAUUUUAUUCAUAAGAAAGCUAGCGUAUUAGCCGGUGUGUUAACAUGGAUGAAGAAGAUGAAUACAUUGAAAAUACAUGGACUUAUAUUUCUUUGUGUGGUGAACCUACGCUAUACGAAGGACUACGUUUCGCCAAGGAUUUAAUUAUAGCAAAUGUCUGUUUACGCCUUAUUAUUCAGUGCAUCUCUAUGCCCCACAAUGUAAGACACAGUUUGUCUCUCGUCUUAGGUAGUUUUCUUCUUUAUUACAACAUCGGCUGGGCGCUUACUUGGAUUUUUGGACUUACCAUCGGAACGUAUUUACUCAUAUUUUUGUUAUCAAUUUUUACGAAAAAAUCAAGAGGUUUCUUUAUAUCUUUCUGUGUUAUUGUUUUCUUACUAUCAUGUGAAAUAUAUUUAAUAAACCCAAAGACAUGGCAGCAAAUAAGGGGUAUUCAGAUGAUUGUCGCCAUGAAAGUUAUUUCUGUAGCUAUUGAAUUGGACAGAAAUUUGUAUAAACAAAUGUUAAAUCCACUUGAAUUUGGAGGGUACGUACUUUGUCCAGCUAAUUGUAUUCUUGGCCCGUGGAUUUCAUUUCACUCUUAUGAUCAAUACCUUCAUGUAAAAUUUUUGACUAGGAGAUGGAUAAAAAUAAUAUUUGUUAAUCUUUUUAUUUCUAUGGUGUUUUUAGUUUUAUCUAAUUGUAUUGUGCCUUGGUACAUAGAUGAUAAUGUAACUAAAUGGUUAACUGCUUAUCGAGAUGCUCAAGCUUUCAGGAUGUCUCAUUAUUUUGUCUCAAGUAUGUCUAUUGUAUCUAUGAUAAGUGCUGGGUUUGGAUUAACAAAUGAUUGCCAUUCAGAUAUACAAGUGACCAAGCCACUCUAUAUUGAAUUGCCACGGUCUCUUGUACAAGUUGUUAUUUUUUGGAAUAUACCAAUGCAUCAGUGGUUAAAGAAUUAUGUGUUUAAAACAUGCCAACCAUACGGUCAAUUUAUUUCAAUACUUACAACAUAUGCAGUAUCAUCUUUGUUACAUGGUUUUAAUUUUCAAUUCUCUGCAGUACUGCUUAGCAUUGGGACAUUCUCUUAUGUGGAGUACAACUUUCGUUACAAAGUUGCAUUAGCUCUAGAGGUUUGCUGUUUAGCUAACCCUUGUGUAAAACAAUGCGAUCAUAAGUAUAAGAAAAACAGUUUCUUAGCAGUUUUUGUCAAUACCUUAUUUUCUAUUCUAACCAUUAUACAUCUUGCUUACCUUGGAGUUAUGUUUGAAGCAUCAUUUUCUGUUCAAGAAUCAGGGUAUUCAUUUUACCAUACAGUCAACAAAUGGGAAAAUCUUAACUACUUUAGCCAUGCCUUGGCAGCAUUUAUGUAUUUAAUUUAUUUAAUGAUGUGAUAUUAAUUAUAAUUAAGAAUAAUCUCAAAUGAUAAUCUUAAAUUGCUUAUGAUCUCUCUAUUGGCUUAGAUUAAUGUGUGAAUAAUAAUGUUAUUGUUAGUUUUAUUAACAUGUAAGCUUAAAUAUUUUUUACAGAUUAGAAAUAAGGUUCAAAUAUCAUGGUAGGUAAACUUAAAUAGUAAACCUUAUAAAAUGAAAAGAAUAUUUUUGUUAAAAUUUCUUUUACACAAUGAAAUAACUUUAAAUAUUUUAGAAUUAGUAGGCAAUAAUUUUUCUUAACUCUUCAAUGCACAUUAAAUAUUAAAAUAUAGCGAGUACUCAUAUAUAAUUUAAAAAAUUCUAAUGUUCUCUGAUACUAUUGUAGAACUAUUCCUUAAUAUGUCACAAUUUAGCACAGUCGGAAUAAAUAUUAAGUUUUUUAAGUAACAUAGAAAAUGUGAGAAUAUUUCACAAAAAUUAAAGUAAUUGGAUUAAUUACAUAACUUGGUUAUGUCUUUAUCAACCUAGUUGAAUUGAUGAAAAUAUACUUAUCAACACUUAACAUGCACAAGCCUGGUAUAUUAAAAUAAGAUAUAAAUAUGAAAAUCUUGGCAUUAAAAUGUUAUUGAAUUUGAAUUGAAGAUAGAAUUGUGUAAUAUUACUUUUUCACUUUACUUUAAAAAAAAAAUUACUCUUGAGAUUGUU